UUACCCACCCAGUCAGUUCCUUGACUCACACUGCCAAGUCAACAACAACUAAUGCUUUUCUAGGUGUUUAUCUGUUUCAUUUUUAGAAAGUUAUAGUUCAAAAAUACAAGUUUUUAGAAAAUGACCAUACACACAUUUUAAUUUUCUUUGUUAAUUUGAAAUGCUUUUAGUCCUUAUUAUUCUAACAGUCACAGGAGGAGGCAGUGCUGUACAGCUGAUUGCGAGGUUCUCCAGUCACGGAGUCCAUGGCACAGUUCAGUUCUCUCAGACCCAGAGCCUGGUGGAGGUGGAGACAGAGCUCUCCUGGACCAAGGAUGAGGCGAGGCCAGACACUGUGUCUUGGGCUGUCCAUCGGUUCCCGGUGGACUACAGAGUCUUGGAGGACCGAUGUAGUGAUGCUAGGAUUGGCUCAAGAGUGUUAAAUUUGGAUGAAGUGUUUGGAUCGUUGUCAUUGAAUGGUACUCUGACUGCUGACAACACCACAGAUGUGAUCAACCUUAUUGGUCCAUCAGGCAUUUGGGGUCAGUCUGUGGUUCUAAACUUGGGAAAUAACAAUCUAGCCUGCAGCACUCUGAUGCCAGAUGGUAGGACAAGUGUUAGACUGGCUGAGGCAAGGUUUAACGGACCUGUGUCAGGGUCAGUGAUGUUCCAGUGGCUCGGCAGCAGCGGAGACACUGACUCUGCCAUUCUCACUGACUUGUACCACACACAUCAACGAGCCAGGCCUUCCCUACACAAGUGGAAGAUAUUCACCACUGACAUCCUAGACUCUGAAGCAGACAAGUCUAGAAGAGACUGCAAUGCUCUGCAAGUCCUCUAUCAGACCCAUGACGGAGGAGGCUCUGGUGACCUUGACUCUAGACUAGGGAAGGUCAACAUUGGAGUCAAGCGAACUGAAAGCAGUGCAGGCAAAAAAAACUUGUAUCACUCUGCCAACUUGACUUUGUUGGAUCUUCGCAACAAGCAGCGCCAUCUGUACCUUGUGCUGUAUGAUAACUUGCACACAGAGUCUUACUUAGCCUGUGCUCGCAUCACCCCAUUGGAGCCUACCAUUGUCAAGUCAGCGAUGCAGACUAAUGGGCUGAAGGGUACCCUGACUCUUCAGCAGAUAUCUCCUUUCACCUCUACUCAGGUCUCGUUGUGGUGGGAGAGCAAACCUGAUGGUCUUGGAGGGUUUAGGAUCCAUGAGCUGCCGGCAACCCCGGAUAUCGGGGAUACCAAGGAACACAGACAUUGUCAAGGCAUUGGGGUGGUGUACAACCCUUCCAACAAACCAACAGCUGCUGAGGCUCCACUACCAGGUGAGGUAUCCCAAGAUUUGUAUGCAGUAGGUGACCUGUCAGGCAAGGUUGGAUAUGAUAACAAGCGCCGGUGGGACACUCACUUGCCACUGUUUGGCCGUCACUCUGUUGCUCAUCGCUCAUUUGUUGUCUAUAAGAACAAUGAUACAAGUGGGAUUGAAGAGCCCUGGGUCUGCUCCACUCUUACAAGGUUCACUCGCCACAACACCAAAGUACCAAUGGCAACAGCUGAAGCAAUAUUCAGGUACCCUCUAGCUGGACGAGUGAUAUUCCGGCAGCCCAAGGAGGACUGGACAUCAGACACAGUGGUGAUGGUGGAACAGCUAGUACAUGCUGAUGGUACAUCGCUCAAGACUACCCAGGACCACCGGUGGGGUGUCAGUAUGGAGCCUCCAGGCAAAGACUUCUACGAUUGGCAGAACCGAUGUGUCAGCGCUGGACUUCCUUAUGAUGGGUUCCUUGUUUAUUUUGAGAACAAAACAGAAGACUGUCUCUCCCACACACCGGAUGGCUUCUGUCGUAUUGGCUCCCUGUCUGAUCGUCUAGGGCUAAUGAACAUUGCUGGUCGAAAGAAUGAAAGUGACUUGGUGAGCCGUACACUGUGGACGGACACUCUGCUGCCUCUAUCAGGCUCAUACAGUGUUGUGGGAAGGUCAUUUGUUAUUUAUGAUGAUCACGGUCCCAAGGCAAGAGGAGAAAGGCUUGCGUGCAGCAAGAUUACAAAUGUUUUCCGUCGCAAAGGAGUCGUGAGAGACUGGUUUGGCAAUGGUGAACUGACUACUGUGAGUGGGAAAAUAGAGCUGUUCCAACAAACUGAGUAUGAAGCUACAGAUGUAGAGUUCACAUUGGGUGGCCUGAUCAGUGCUGACACAUUCCACAUCACCAAGAUCCCAGUCAGCGAGUACUAUGAGUUUCCAUGUGAGGAGUCAACAAUAGGUACAAUGUUUGACCCGUACCAAGUUAGAGAGUCUACAACUGCUAUUACCAGUGGCACUCCUGAUUUGUACGCUAUUGGUGACCUCAGUGGUAAGUACGGCCACCUAGAGGGAGCCUCACACUUUGACACUGCAGUCAACGACUCAUCUCUCAUGUUGUUUGGACAACGCAGUGUUCUAGGCCGCUCUGUCACCAUCUUCAGGAAAGAUUCUAAAAGGUGGGCGUGUGCCACCAUAGAAAGAGGAUAUGCUCCAUCAGAAGCAAGAGAGUUGAGAGCUAUUGCUUCCUUCCACCAUCCAAAAGGAUUUGCUUGGGGAUAUAUACGCAUGACUCAGCUAAUUCACUACGACGGAAGCGCAAGUGAUACAAUAAUCGAAGUCAACCUCAAACAUCCUGGUGAACACGAUCGUAACUUUACCCAAAACCACAACUGGGCUAUCUAUGUGAACCCCGUGGGUGUGGACGCCACUGUACAAGUGCUGCACACCCGUUGUACUGCGGCUGGCUACAUGUGGAACCCUUACUACACCCAGCUGGCAGAUCCUCUCAAUCAAGAGCUGUACCAGCAGGAGUGUGGUUCCGACCAUCCUCUCCGGUGCUAUGUGGGAGACUUGUCAGGACGACUGGGUACAAUAGACAUUGGCGGCCGCAAACGGGUCUUCUCUGAUCCUAACUUCCCUCUCGAGGGUACAGUAUCUGCAAUGGGAAAAUCAAUAGUGAUUCUAGAUAAAAAUAGAGGACCAGACAAGUUUGCCUGCGCAAACAUAGAGCCUGACAAAGAUACUAUCAAGUAUGUCAAUGUUAGACGACCUCCAAAGUUCAUUGUGUCCCAGUUCCUGGAGGAGGUGAGGAGAGUGAUGGGAGUCCCGGAGUGGCUGCUGACUAUUGACACCAGGCGCACAAAGAUCCUGCAUGGCGGCUCUUGUAUUCAGCUACUUAUCCAUUUUAAAGGCCCUGAAGCCAAUAGACUGGAACAAGACUUCAGUCGGCUUUUGUCAGUUGGUAAACUUGAAUCACCUAGUCUAUACAUUUCUGGAUAUCUAUUCCCUGCCAAUCGCAAAACACGGAUAUCAUAUAAGCUAUGUGGAGCCGAUAAUGAAAAAGAAGGAGCCAAACUCCUGUAUGGUGGUGGUUUUGGAUCCCGUUUCAAUGCAGCUCAUCUAGUUUCAUCAACUUUCAGCAUCCAAUUGACAACCCUUCUAAUCUCUUUCUACAUUUUAUAGUGGUUAUUGUAAUAAUUUACCUGUUGUUUGGUAAAGUAUUGUUUUGAGAUUACUUUAAUAGCAAAAAUGUGUAAUAUUAAAAAAAAUUACAUCUAGGAUGAUCCUUACCACUUGCAAUUGAUAUUAUUUUUAUAAAAAAAUGUUUAUCGUAUAAUUUAUUAAAAGACAUAUUUAACUUACUACACAAACUGAUAAGCUUUAAAGGGUUUUUUAAAUACGUUUUUUACUGUAGUUUAUUUUAAGUUCUUACACGACGGUUGUAAUAAAAUUUGGAAAUUUUCAUCUUUUAAGGGUGAAAAUAAAAAAUAAAAUGUUUGAACAUUUAAAAACCACAUAAUAUCCUGUUUCUUUGACGGGAUAUUAUGGGAGGAUAUUCGGAGGGAUAUUAUGUUGCUUGUUCCCAAAACUCAUUCAACUUUAUCCCACCCUGCAGCUUCAAGCCAAAUUUCAUAAAAAUCUGACCAAAAUUACUUGAGUUUAUCACAUUCACAGACAAGUAGGCUAGGCCUAUGCUGUAUAUAUGUAUAGAUAUUUUGUAUUACAAUUUUAACAAACAGUUUUUAGCCACUGGGGACAUCUAUAUUAAUAAAAAGAGUUUGUUGGAUUUUUGUGUGCAGCAAAUGGACUCCUAAAUAUAUAUUUUUAUAGAUAUAUUGGGUAUCAGUUUAAAGCUCUUAUCCUCUAAAUGUGCCAUUUGCGGGUUUGGAUGGUACCCCGUAAAAGCCCUUUAUCCUAUAGGCUUUUAAAAUUUCAUAGUUUGUGCUGAAUUCUGUUGUCAAUCAUCUGAACUUUUUCAAGUUUACAUUUGUUUACAUCAAAAUAGAUGGUCAUUAUACAAUUUUGUUUACAUCCAUUCAAAAAUUGAGUUAUCUGUAGUCGAUGUGUCAGUUAAGUAAAAUGUUGUAAUGUUAUUUGUAUAAAAUAACAAUAAAACGUCUUUUAUUUCAAGCGGUUUUCAGUAACAAUACUGUUUUUCAAAACUACUCAAGUCAAUACAAAAGAAAUAUUAAAGAAGAAGAAGAAGAAAUGUAAAGAAGAAAAUGACUUAGGUUAGAUAUUGUGUUGUGAGAGGAUUUUGUGUCUUCAUAGUAUGUAAGAUCGAAGAGAUCGUGUACGCAAUGAAAAUAAUAGGGCUCGCAAUGCAUAAUAGGGAUAUGAUGAGACAUUAUCGUUUUAAUCCUUAUCAACCGGAUUUUGAUGUCACAAAGUGAUGUAAGAUGCUAGUUAAAAUGAAGAGGUAAAUCGGUCCUGGGUCUGGAUCUGUCCAUGAGACCUACAGUAAUAGCUUAUCCCCUGUAUGAGAAUUUCACUAUAAAAAUUAUAAUUCCUUUACAAGAAAGAUGAGGUUUUUUUUUACUUCCCUUCACUGGUGAAUAGUAUUUUAAUAAUUAUCUCUUCAUUAUAAUAUAAUAUUAUCAUUCAUUAAUAAUAUUAACUUCAUUUAAAAUAUUGUAAUUAUGGUGUAAUAACAAAAUUUUUUGGAUAUAAGCUAAAUGACAAAAUAAUGCUCAUAAAACUCUGCUCUAUUUUUUGGACGCUUCUACCAACACCACCUAAUUGUAGUGUAUUAUUGAAGUGAUACUUAUGUGAUAUUGUAGUAAAUUUUUAGAUUUAGUAUUUAAAAUAUCUUAAUAGGCAAGCAUAUUUCUUUAAAACCUUUUUUCUCAGCUCCUGUGCAUGGCAGGGAAAAUCUACGCAUACUGUUAGAAAGAUAUUUUUCUCUAGAUGUGCAGAAACCCUUUAUAAAUUAAAAUAGGCUCAAAAAUAAGCACAAAAAAUGAAUUUAAAAUUAAAAAAAAAAUUACAUGGGUCUUAUGGGUUGCCAAGCUGGUGACGAAAUAACAACAAAAUAUAAACAGAAAAUCAUAACAAAUGGAAGAAAUUCCAAUCACAUGUUUUAUUUACAGCGUGGGACGAAUACAGAAAAGUCUGUACAUUGCAUAUUUUUGGUCGAGUUUUCGACCAUUGGACGACCUCUAGUAUAUUCUAAUACAUGUACAUUACGAUACCAAUAAGUAUGUAGUUUUGUUGUAUGUUUAAUUGGAAUUUGCUCCAACAUGUCAAGUGACGUUUAAAACAACUUUUGUACUUAAAAAGCCUUUCAAUACUCUCCUACACAAAUAAUGUUAUGUUUAAUUAUUGUUUCUACUAUUGACACCUUAGGGUACCGAAAAAGGUAAAUUAUACUGAUUAAUGUUUAUGAUGUUAUUGAGCAGUGCAAAUUUUGGAAACUCGUCACACAAUAAUGGCUCAAGAUAUCUCAUCCAUCGGCGUAUCCAGAGAGGGGCAGGGGGGGGGGUCAGCUGCCCACCCUAGAAGCCAGAUAAGGUAUAUAAGAAAAAUUUUAUUAGUACGAGAAAAUAUGAGUAAGAUAGUUUACUUUUAUGAUUUUAUGACUGGGACGGGUAGCGUCGUCCUGUAAUCCAGCUACUAGGAGGUCACGAAUUGUGGAUAUUUAUAGGCAUGCACUGUGGAUGUGAUACUCCCUGGUGUGGAUUAAUGUCCGCACGAGUGAGUACUACGACUAUCCGCAGUACUAUCCUGAU